UUAGCGAGACGUAGAUGCGUUGAGCUCAAUAUCACUUAGUGCUCUUUACGAUACGUACGACUGCGUGUUCUAAAAAGAAACGCUGUGUAACUUUGCGAGAGAACUGUCAGAUACAUACGCGGGAUUAAAUCUUUGUUCUUGUAAGUGCUUUUCCCAUAUGCGACUUUUCGAGAGAAAAAAGUGAUUUCACAACCCGUUGUGAUCUUGAAAACAAUUUUAAAGCGUUAAAAGUCUUACAAUGAUAACGACGCACGUUCCACGUUAUAUAAGAGAACGACUCUGCAUCGUUGUAUUACUGAGAUCAUUCGUUGACGAAAUAAUCGUGACGGAUCUCGAUCGACUCGGUUAGGAGCGACAGAAGUUUGCUAGUCGAGAACAGCGGCUACGAUUUUCGCGGGCAAUACAUUCGGAAGGGAGCGUGCUAAGGGUUGCGAAAGAGGAGAGUCGCGAAAUGAGUGUCGAGGACGCCAUCAAUUACUCGCCCAGCGAGGAGGAGGACUAUUACGCGCUGUUAUCCUGCGACGAGUCUUCCACGAUCGAGCAGAUUACGGCGGAGUAUAAGGUAUUAGCUCUUCAAUAUCAUCCGGAUAAGAACGACGGUGACAAAGAGGCCGAAAAAAAAUUUCAACAAUUAAAGUAUGCGAAAGAGAUUUUAUGUGAUCCUGAGAAAAGGAGCAAUUAUGAUAAAUGGCGGAACAGUGGUAUCAAGAUUAGUUACAAGCAAUGGGUCGGCAUGAAGGAACAUGUGCAGCAGACUAUGCAUUGGAGCACACCAAAGACAAAGGACAGAAUGCUACCGGAUACGACUGGAGAGACAGGUGGUUCACCGGCUCACCUCAGAGGUCAUCCCACAAAUGUUCAUAGAAGGGCUUCCGAGGGUGGAGCCACGAAUCUCUAUUAUCGUUCGGGUCAUGGAGUUCCAUUCGACUAUCAGGAGCCCAACGAGGUCGUCAGUAAGUUUCGCAAUUAUGAGAUUUAAAAGAGAUCCCGAACUUGAUUCUCAUCGGUACCGACUUUAUUACCGGAUGUCCUUAUAAAAACAAGAAAAUGUUGUGCACUAGAUAAAUAUAUCUACCUGUAUGCAAGUGUAUAGGGCGUUGGUUAGAUUACGUUAGCAUACAUGUAUCAAUACAUACGCAAGAUAAUUGUACGAAAGAAAUAUGCGGGAUGAAUAUUUCAUCCUUCGCUUAUCGAGUGAUUAUUAGUAUUUUUUUAAUCUUGUUUAUUUGACAGACAUUUCAAUUAAAAACGUAACGUUAUCGUUGGAUUUUCUUUGGAAAAUAAUCAAAAUGCUCGCGUACACAAUUAUCUAAUCAAAUUCUGUACAAAUAAACAGCGUCUGUGUUUUCUAUUUUCAAUCUUGGAUAUGUAUUUCGGGCAACUUGUUUCUUCGUUGUUCAGGAUGCAUGCCAAUUUGAUCCAACAAACGACUCUGUACACCAGUACGUGCUCGCGUAAUCGCGCGUAUACGUAUGUGUCGCCUUCAGAUUUAUAUUUUGUUAUACUAUACUAAGCACGAUGGGAGAGGAAAGGGUCGAGGAACGCUAAAGGACGUUUAAUAUUAUUUAAGCUCUCCUUCUAAAAUUUCUCUUGAAUAACGUCCAACUGGACCAGUUGUGCAUAUUAUAUCCGAAAAAUCGAGUCUCUCGAUCGCGCAUUCCAUAUAUGUUUCUUGAUCUUACAAGAUGUUUAGCGACAAAAGUUAAACGAUGUAGUAUCGACGGGGGCUGUAUAGUUAUCUGUGAUUCCGCGAGUGAAUUUUCCACUAGAGAUUAACUGGUCGUUUCAACCAUAUAAACACUUUAGAAUGAAAUACUCAAGUGUCUGUUCAAUGGAACUGUCGAGUUUGCGUGUAUAUUAUAGACAAGGAUAGUAUUUUCGUUAUUAGAUAAAAUCUGUAUUUUGAGCAUUAAUCAAGUAUAAAUACUUUUAUUUGAAAAAUCAUGGAAUUGACCGUAAUUUCAUACAGAACACGAGCAAUUUGCAACGAUAGAUACGUAUGUUUUCUAAAAAAAAUUAAAUUUAUACGUACAUAUCUACAUCGAUACGUGAUGGAAUUGAAAAAUAAUUGAAUCAAGAUUUCGGAAGAACGUUGAAACGCUGAAUUUACUAAAUAUGAUGUUUUAAUAAAAAUACGUAAAUGUAUAUUCCUAAAACUCUGUCUUUAAAAUCUAAAAUAUAA